AAUAAUAGGACAUGUUACUGGUUCUAUCCGAGCAAGAAAAGACAAGUUUUACUUUCCUAACCUCCCUACCUGAACAAGUUUACCCUGAUCUCGUUAAAACAGCUCUCUCUCAGCUACUGUCUACUAAACAAAUCACUAAAGUGGUUAACAGCGCUGCUGCUAAACUCAAGGUAGAGGUUGCUAGUCUGACUAACAGCUCACUUUAUGUCCUGUCACAGUGUCUCCUGAACAGUGCUAAGAGGAACCUGACCCCGGAGGAUCUGACCUCCUCUCUAAAAGCAUGUGGUGUGGAGGUUACUAUCGUUACACCAUUAGUUAUCAGUUACACUGAGAACAGGGACAUACUCAUUGACAUUAUCACCAGAUCUACUGUACAGGCCCCGGAGUACAGGUCGAUGGAAUGGAGAUUGGAAUGUCAGGUGGGCUCAAGGUCACUUCACAACACUGUUAUUCCAAACGUUCUGACAAAGUGGAAAAUAUCGGACCCUCGAUUUAAUAAUCUGAAGACGAAGGAGACGUACCUGAACUGUGACGUGAACACGUUACAGCACAUAACAGAGUCUCUGAGAGCUGCUCAACUGGAACUAGACACUCUACAUGCCCGCAAAAUGUGUAGGAACCUUGCUAGGAUAGGAUAAGUCGGGAUUAUUGGUCAUGAUGUUAUUGUGGAAAGUUCGAAUCAUAUUCAUAGUAGUAUAGCUACCAAAAUUAUAUAAUAUCUUAAAAUGUAACACCUUAAUCUGGGAAGUUUCAUUAAAGGCUCAAUAUGUUUCCGCUCUUGGACUCUCUAGUAAACUUUUUGUUUUAACUAUUAAUAUUAAUUGACAUAAAUGCGAGUUUUUACAAUUUGAAUGUUUUGAUUUAUGUUUUAUUUUUUGAUUAUUUUAUAUUAAAUUGUAUUGAUGGAUUAUUUCCCCAAUUAAAUUGUUGAUACUUUUUUUCCUCUUUAA